AUCCGAUCAAUGGCGUAUGUCUAUUGGAGCUCAAGAACAGUAUCUCUAUUUUGCUAUUGGUCUCUACAAUACAUCGAUCACCCCAUUGGUCUUUAAACCCCAAAAUAUUCCACGUGCUAAUUCAAAAGUGUCAUUUGUUUACAAACAAACAAAUUGAAUUGUGCAUGAACACAACCGAAAACUAUUUCUCAAUUAAUUGUUCUAACUAAUAAUUUAUGCAUUGUCUGCUGUGAAUGAGUGUUUUGUUGUGGAAUUAUUGACAUUCAAUAUUCUAACUGGAUUAAUAUUGGUGCGGACAAAAUCGAUUGCUCCGGAAAACAAACAGUUUUAUCCAGGAAUACAAAAUGCUGUUCGUUGGUGAGGACACAAACAACGACAGUCAGGAAGCAGCAUUCAGCGAUGAGAAUACCCCGCUAAGCGAAGCUCAGGCAACAUUGAACGACUUUUGGCCAACAAUCACAGAUGAAAUCAAACGAAUAAAAACAGUGGACGCAAAGAAUCAAGUGUUACCCCUAGCAAGAAUUAAGAAAAUUAUGAAAUUAGACGAAGAUGUAAAAAUGAUAUCGGCUGAAGCGCCACUACUAUUCGCAAAAGCAGCCGAAGUGUUUAUACAGGAAUUAACUUUACGUGCCUGGGUGCACACAGAGGACAAUAAACGGCGAACGCUGCAACGUAACGACAUUGCAAUGGCCAUCACAAAAUUCGAUCAAUUCGAUUUUUUGAUUGAUAUUGUUCCGCGCGAGGAAGUGAAACCGGUCAAAAAGGAAAACGAAACGAAACCGCUGGUGAAUUGCGAUCAAGUACAGUAUUAUCUUCAACUCGCCCAACAGCAUCAGCAAGCGUUGCAGGGAACGAAUGGCAUCACAGCACAACAGGUCCAACAGCCUGGUACAACGAUUCAAAUGCAGGGUCAAAAUGUUACGCAACCGAUUACACUAGCGGCACCACAAAACAUUUUAGUGACGAAUACGGGAACGCCAACAGUUGUGGGCGGCAUACAACAAGGCCAACAAACACAGCAAAUUCAAUUGGUUCAGCAAAUAGUGACACCAAAUGGUGAAAUCACACAUGUUCCGAUCAACAUACCUCAAAAUCAGCUAAAUCUACUUCGGAUGCAAAUUCAAAACCAGGCUGCCCAGCCUAUUAUACUGCAAGCAGCACCGUUACAAAGUCAGCAAAUAUUACAGGUCGGUCAGGCAGCCGCUGGAUCAACGGGUAUGUUUAUAAAUACACCGAACAAUUCGACUGAGGAUUAGCAUUUGCGGAGUGAUCUCAUAGCCAAAUUGAAUUCGUUUUUACUCAGUAAGGAAGAAAUUUCCAUGUAAAUCGUGUAAAUCAAAGAAUAAAGUUGUAAAACGUGUAAUUUGUAAAAAAAAACAAACAAAAACUUAAGGACUAAAACAACUGAGCGCUCAUUUAAUAAUAAUAAAAACGGAAACAAAAAA